AUGGACCAGAGGUACGAAAUCCCUGGCAGAAAAUACUUUUCACAAACUGCCAUUUCACGGCUUUACGAUAAAUGCUGUACAAAGUUGGAAACUCACCUCCAAGAUAUCAAAUACUUUGCAACUACCUCUGACCUUUGGUCCAGUCGCACAUCUGAGCCAUAUUUGAGUCUCACGAUCCAUUACAUUGACAAGGAGUGGGCUCUUCAAAGCACAUGCUUGCAGACGGUGUAUUUUCCGGAGGACCAUACAGCCGAAAUAAUUUGUCAGGGACUGGAGGAUGCGCUGGAACCUUGGGGCCUUAGUGAAGACCGGCAGGUGUGCAUCACUACAGACAAUGGAGCAAACAUUGUCAAGGCUGUUGCUCUUAAAGGCUGGACUUGCCUGCAGUGCUUCGGUCACCGGCUAAACACAGCUAUUGAGGGCAGUAUGAAUGACCGGAGAAUUGACAGGGCUGUCAGUGUGUGCAAGAAAGUGGUCAGUGCUUUUUCUUACUCAUGGAAAAAGAGAAGAGCACUAGCAACUGCUCAAGAUGACCUCAAGCUCCCUAAACAUAGGUUGAUCACAGAAUCUCCUACCAGGUGGGGGUCCCGUCAUGCCAUGAUAGCACGAGUACUGGAGCAGGAGAAGGCUAUUGCGAAGGUGUUAUCUGCUGACAGAAAAAGCAGGCACCUCACUCCCACAUGGCAGGAUAUUGAGGUAUUGGAGUCUGUCCACAAGGCCCUAAAUCCACUUGCGGACUUCAUUGACGCCCUUUCUGGCGAAGCAUACAUCAGUGUCUCUUGUGUGAAACCUGUCCUCCAGCUCUUCAAUGAGGAAGUCUUAAGGCCAGGAGAUGAUGACACAGAGCUUACCAAGGCCAUCAAGACUGCUGUCAUUACCUAUUUGAAUGAGAAAUUAAAUGAUGCUGCCACUGAUGACCUCCUGAGCAUGGCAACCCUUGUUGAUCCUCGCUUCAAGACCCACUACAUCCAGGCUGACAAAAUAGAGGCUGUGGGGGCCAACGCUGUCUCUCAGAUACUGGAUGAAUGGAGGACCUCACAGUCUAGCCCUACUACUCCAUUAGAAGCGUCAACUUCAACUGCACCAGUCAUAAUGCAGAAAAAGACACUUGGCAGCUUUUUCAAAAGGCCAGUUGCUACUUCUGGUCUAACAGACCAGCAGGCUGUUGAGGCUGAAUUGAACAGUUACCUGCAAGCUCCAAAUGCAGACAGUGAAACCAAUCCCUUGGAAUGGUGGAAGACCCACUGCACAGCAUAUCCCAGAGUGAGCCUUCUGGCAAAGCGGUACCUUUGCAUCCCUGCCACCAGCUCGCCCUCAGAGAGAGCUUUUAGCACAGGUGGCAGGCAAUACUGUUACCUGCCACAGGGCAGCUUUAAAGCCAGAUGCUUUGGACAGACUUGUCUUUCUGGCAAAAAAACUAGCAAUAGAUCCUGA